AAGAAACCAGAGCAGCUACAAAACUCUGUUGCCAUGGUAGUAUUACCUAUUGGUACUGUAACCAGGCAGGUGAAAUCGAGAAAAUCCCAACAUUGCUUUGAUGUAUAGUUUUUAAUGUGUAUGCUGAACAAAAUGUGGAUUUCUGUGAUGCAGAACUAACAACAGAUUAACGUUACCUUCAAUCACUAGCUAAAAGAUGGAUCUUUAAGUUAGCACGAAAGGGUAACUACUUUUACCAUGUUAGAUGCUUGUACAGCAGCUAGCUUAAGUAUAGAAUAUCUUAAGUAUCUAAGUAGCUAGCUAAAGUAUCUAGCUAGCUCUAGUUAGGACAGCUAACGCGUUCAUUAAUGAUUAGUUCGCCGACAGAAAGUGGGAAAACAGAGUGAAUGUGAGUCAAGUGUGUACUUGGCUAGCUGUCGAAAACCAUGUUUAAAGAUGAAACAAUUGAUGCCGUGGGUGUCGAUUCACUGUGGAGGAAAUCACAUCAGUCUGCACAGGACUCGAGAGGAUGUCAAACUCAACCACUACACACUGCGGAUGCCCAAAUACAGUCUCUGUCUGUGUCAGAAAGUGACACCCAGACUGACCCAUUUGACCACCUCACGCAACUCCAUGAUUGUGACACACCAGAGUCCCCCGGGUUGAUGGAGUUCCUCCAUUGUGUUGAGGACAUGGUUGUCAAAGAGUUGGAGAAAAAUUCCAGGAGCCAUGCAUUUGAUAGAUUUGAUGUGAAUUGGGAAGAUCAGAAUGAAACGGUUUCAUGCCUACAUCGCCUUCAAUAUCCUGAAGCCCAGGAGAGGGGUCUGCAUGUUACCAGUAUAUCCUGGAAUUGCACAGGUUCGGUCAUUGCAUGUGCCUUCGGUCGCAUUGAUGAUGGAGACUGGAUCACAGAAAGGUCUUUUAUUUGUACCUGGAACCUGGAUCGUAAAGGCCUCAACCCCAGGCGGCCUGACACAGUGAUAGAUGUGGCAAGGCCCGUCAUGGCACUGUCAUUUCACCCCUCCCGUCCCUCUCUCAUUACUGGGGGUCUUUACAGUGGAGAGGUUGUUAUCUGGGACACAAGUCGGACACAGGACCUUGUAUUGGCACAAACAGGAAUGUCCGCCAACAUUCAUAGAGAGCCUGUCUAUCAGGUUGGUUGGGUCCCGGGCCAGAAAAAAGGAGAACUUGUAGUUCUGAGUGCUGGCUCAGGGGGAAGGGUCCUGCUGUGGAGUGUGGAUGCAGCAAAGGGGGAGCUGGUGCUCAGUGCAGGCUAUGCCUUGGUCCGACAACAGGCCAAAGGAAGCAGCAAUGUAGGUGUCACCUCUGUGGCCCUGUCUCCCUGGGACCCAGACAUUUUCCUGGUUGGCUCAGAGGGCGGUUUGGUUCUUAAGUGUUCCUUCUCUGCCCAAACCCCUGCUGCCACACCUUCAAACUGCGAGAACAUAGUACUACGAGCACCAGUCCAGUUUGCUUUUAACCAACAAGGAGGUCCCAUCCAUUCCUUACACUGCUCACCUUUCCAUAGGAACCUGUUUUUGACGGGGGGCACAGAUGGCAUGGCCCAUCUCCACUCUUUGCUCCAGGCUGAACCCCUUGCCUCGCUGCAGGUGUCAGAAUCCUACGUGUUUGGUGUGCGCUGGUCCCCAACGAGGCCACUCAUCUUUGCUGCAGCCACAGGACAAGGUCUGGUGCAGAUAUUUGAUUUGGGUAGGAGAUCUUGGAAACCAGCAGCCACGAUUGACCAGACCACAGCCGGCCAACCAGUCUACUGCCUGGAAUUUAAUACUCGGCAGACACACCUUCUGGCAGUUGGCAAUGCAGAUGGCAGUGUCAACAUAUGGCACCUGAGUACUAAACUAACAGAGCAGGGGCCAAGAGAGACUGCCAAGCUAGAGCAACUGGCAAAUGAAGUGGCUGAAUGAGGCACAAACUGCACCUUUAAAACAAGAACAGUAAAUCACAUCAGAGUUGGUGAUAAUUUGUGGUUCAGUAUGUUUGUGUUGUAUGUUAAAAACAUUUGUUUCCCCAUUGAUCUGUUAAAUGACACUUGUUACUUUUGUGUCAGUUAUUAACACCAUUAUUUAUUUAAGUAAGGAAUGUAAUAUAGUUAUCUUUGUAAUAAAACCACACUGAAUAAACCAUUUCCAGUUAUAACCAGUCGCGUUUAUUAAAGCACUGCAGUUUAUACGGUGAUGUUACAGCAUUACUGUGUCUAUAAGGUUUC